GCUGAACUGGAGUUUGUGCAGAUCGUGAUCAUAAUUGUCGUGAUGACUGUGAUGGUGGUGGUGGUCGUGUGCCUGCUCAACCACUACAAACGCACCACGUGGUCGUUCCUGAGCCGGGCAAGUCAGGCACAGAGUCAGGAUCUCUCUCUGCAGCCGGAGGGUUCUUUGUGGCCAUCAGAUAAUGGGCUGAGACAAGGAGCAUCUGAGGUGGUGUACGCUCCUCAGCCAAGGGACCGUUUCACCGCUCCCACUUUCAUGCAGCACAACCGCUUCAGACGUUUCCAGCCUACGUACCCAUACCUGCAGCAUGAGAUCGACCUGCCACCCACCAUCUCGCUGUCAGACGGGGAGGAACCGCCACCGUCAGGGCCCUGUACACUGCAGCUGAGAGACCCCGAACAGCAGCUCGAGCUCAACAGAGAGUCCGUACGUGCCCCGCCCAACCGGACCAUCUUUGACAGCGACCUCAUUGACAUGCACAGUUCAGGGGGUGGCGGUGGGCCGCGACCUCCCAGUAGCAACUCUGGGAUCAGCGCCACCAGCUCCAGUACCCAUGGACGCAUGGAGGGCCCUCCGCCCGCUUACAGUCAAGUCAUUGGGCAGCAGCCGGGCAUCGUACUUUACCUCCACCAGCACAGCAAUAACCCGCCCCUCACUGUCACUGUGCAGACUCCACCCAGGGGCCGGACAGAUUUAAAUAGCCCAGAGAGCACAAUAGGUUUAAGCAAAGACAGACAAAAGGAGGAGCUAGUGUGAGGGGGUGGGGCUAGCACACGAUUGGCCAAUCGCGAUCACUCUCCACCCAUAAAGGGAACAGGUUCUCCCUCUUGACACUCCCGUGCACAACAGCGCUUAUGAUGUGUCUUUGCAAGGAAAAAAAAGAAGCAAAACCAUGUGUUUUUUAUAAAAAAUUAAGAAGCUGAGGAGCUGAGCUUACAAAAGAAAACAUUACAUUUGUUUUCUGUCAGACCAGCUGCGCUAAAACUGGGGUUUAUGCACUGCCUGGAGUCUCCCACCUUAAUUGCUCUCUAUUACUUGUGUAUAGCCGACAACUUUAGAGAAGGUCAUUCGCACACAAGACAGGCAUUUUGUUGUUGUUGUUGUUCUUCUCGUUGGUUUUAUCGUUUUAUCCCCCUUGAAUGCCCCUCUCCCUGCCCAACACGCACGUUGACGCACUAGCUGUGUGGAUAGAAAUUUCUUUUUCUUUUCUUUUUCCAUUAUUUUUUAUUUAAAGACCGAGAUCUGUGCAGCAUGAACAAAACAAAUGCGAAAAAGGGUGAAAAUCCAAAUCCUAGUGCCAAGGUUUAUUCGGAAGGUGUCAUGGGGCGUCGACUGUCUUAAAGACUUGUUCUACAUAUAAAUUGAAAACCUUUUCUGAACUUUUGCACUAUUGUUGAGGUUAAUCAGAGAAAUUUGGGAAUGGGGUAGUGGGGGUGGUGAUGUAUGCGUUUACUGUUUGUACUGUCGUUUUCAUGUAGAUCCGAUCAUAUGCUUCAGUGCGCGAGCUUUCUAUCGAAAGGGAAGUGAUCUCGUCUGUCUCAGCACAUGAAAAAUCUCUGAUCCAGCCUAAAAUAACCUUGGUCUAAAAGAGGCACAGAAUACAGAGAGUCUGCUCUACUCUCAUCUAUCCUCACCACUGACAUGUUCAGCCGCUUUCACAGACUACAGCUGAUCUGAGAUCAGUUGGCUGGUGGCACGGUUGACAUUUUGCCUAAAAAGAAACUGGCUUUAUUUAGAGAUCCAAACAGGUUUAACAUGUUAUGAGAUUGUCACUUAUUCUAAAGAGGUUCUCCAACUCUUUUUUUAUUAUAACCAUGUAUUUAUUAUAAAAAAUUAUAUACAGGCAAAAAUAAUAAAAUCUUAAUGUUAUUUUCUUUAUAGACUCUAGUGAGAAACUAUGAAAAUUCUUAGUUAAUCUCUGUUUAUCUGUAUGUGUGU